AUGGCCCGCCCUAUUCAGGCACAGGUGGAUUUACAAGCGCUCAAGAAUAACUUGAACGUAGUUCGACGUGCGGCUCCUGAAUCUCGUGUUUGGUCGGUAAUAAAAGCAAACGCCUAUGGUCAUGGUCUUCAUCGCGUCUGGAGUGCACUAAGCGAUUCAGAUGGUUUAGCAAUGCUUAAUAUAGAAGAGGCGAUACUAGUACGAGAAAAUGGCUGGCAAGGUCCAAUUCUGAUGCUGGAAGGCUUUUUUUGCGCUGACGAUUUGCCUUUGUUUAGUAAAUACCGUUUAACAACCGUCGUACAUAACAAUUUGCAGAUAAAGGCGCUACAAAACGCGUACCUACCUAUUCCUCUUGAUGUCUAUGUGAAAAUUAAUAGUGGCAUGAAUCGUCUUGGCUUUCAUCCUGAUAACAUAUAUAACAUUUGGAAAAAGCUACGAUCAUUGAAAAACGUAGGUGAAAUGACCUUAAUGUCGCAUUUUGCCAAUGCAGACAAAGCGAAUGGUAUUACUUCUUCAAUGGCACGUAUUGACCAGGCGUCUAAAGGAUUAGAUUGUCCCCGCUCAUUUUCAAAUUCCGCCGCCAUCCUAUGGCACCCUGAAGCUCAUUACGAUUGGGUCCGUCCAGGGAUUAUUCUCUAUGGUGCUUCGCCUACAGGAAAGUGGCAGGAUAUUGCUAAUACCGGCCUUAAGCCGGUGAUGACGCUACGUAGUGAGAUUAUUGCCGUGCAGACACUUAAAGAAGGAGAUAGCGUUGGAUACGGUAGUCGUUAUAGGGCUACUAAAAAACAGCGCAUUGGAAUAGUAGCUGCAGGCUAUGCGGAUGGCUAUCCGCGCCAUGCGAAUACUGGAACUCCGAUAUGGGUUGACGGUGUACGUACCAGAACACUUGGAACAGUCUCUAUGGAUAUGCUGGCAGUUGAUCUUGAUAGUGUCCCACAUGCUGUUAUUGGCUCGCCUGUGGAACUAUGGGGCAAAGAAAUAAAAAUUGAUGAAGUGGCUUUCGCAGUUGGUACCAUAGGAUAUGAACUAAUGUGCGCCCUUGCACCGCGCGUUCCAGUCAUAACAGUGUAA